UAUCAGCAUACUUUCAAUAUAGACAUUCUGUGAGCUGGUUUCCCAUUAAAGUGCUUCAUCAAAGCUACUUUUAUUUAUUUUGUAACUAGCAAACAUAUUGUGAGAGGAUAACUGAAGGGAUAAGCGGCCAGCUCUGGUCUAGUUAUAUAUGUCCUAUUAAUAGGCCUGGCUCAGACUCACAAUGUUCAGCUGUAACCGAACUCCAUCUGUCAAGUCACGUCCUCUCCCUGCUCUCCCCUCUACAGUAUCACUGCAGCCAGGCUAGGGGCACUCUGGUCUGUGCCACCCUCCAAGCCAGACAGACGGCAGGACACGCAGACAGCUGCCUCUCCGACCAGCCUGCAUUAUGGAGGCUCUGUGUGUCCAACCCAUGGAGGAGACGGGGGUGAUGAGGGAAGAACUGGGGAAAAUUGGGGAUCCGGAUGAGGUCGGACCGGAGGCCUCAACUUCCACCACAGACGAGGAAACAGAUGAGGAUUCGGAACCAGAACCCCCGCUGGUUAUUCGCAGGAAGGUGUCCUUUGCAGAUGCGUUCGGCCUCAACUUGGUGUCUGUUAAAGAGUUUGACAACGCCGAGGUGGCAGAGUCAGAGGUCAGCCGGUCCGGCGAGAGGGAGGUGGCCCAUUCAUCGGAGGAGUUCUACAUAAGUUGUCUGUUUACAGUCCCCUCAUCCCAAGAGGAGCUGGACCAGAGGCUGCAGGCACAAAAGGUCGAGCUGGAGAGCAUUGAGCUUCUCCCAGGAACCACGACGCUCCGUGGCAUCAUCAGAGUGGUCAACCUCUGCUACAGUAAGUGCGUUUACGCCCGGAUCACUCUGGAUCGCUGGAACAGCUACUUCGACCUGCUGGCAGAGUACGUGCCCGGAUCCAGCGACUGGAAAACAGACAGGUUUACCUUCAGAUACACUGUAGUUCCUCCCUGCGAGAGAGACGGGACCAGAGUGGAGUUCUGUCUCCGUUAUGAAACUUCAACGGGCACAUUCUGGGCGAACAACAAGGGACUUAACUAUGUGCUGUUCUGCCACCAAAAAGGACACGUAAAGGAGCCUCAAAUGCAAGAGGAGAGCAGCGGCUACAAGAGCAAGAGGAGCUGUCUCAAAGCUAACAGGGGCGGAGGUGCAGAGGAAAAGACCAGAGAAACUUGUAGCAUGGCAACAGCUGCUGCAGAGGUAGAACCAACACAUAAAGCAGAAAAGGCUGACAGAAAGACGGUGAACAGCAUAAAGCUGCGAUCGUUCUUAUACCGUGACGAACACAAACCUUUGGUGGAAAGCAUAAAAAGCAGGCACAAAUCAACACGUUCGGCACGUGUGCAGGACCAGCUCUCCCAAAGGAAGCAGCAGGCACGAAAGCUUUCUCCACAUGCCUCAGCUAACGGCCAGAAAGCGUCUCGGUCCACGCCGGCUCCGUGGGGCUACUCUGCCGGCUUUCUCUAUAAAUGCCAAAAGACUCAACCAAACGAGAGUCCACAGGUCCUCACCUACCAUCAGAUUCCUCUGCUCACACUUGACUGGAACAGUGACAAACCGCAGCAGUUGGGGACUGCUGAUGUGGAUGACAUCUGGACUGGAACAGCUAAAAUGACCUUGUCAAAAGCGUCAGAAGAGAAUACACGGUCGGUUAAUGAUAUGUGGGAGACCUUUCUUAACGGUGCAGGUAAUACCAACAAAAAAGAAACCUCCGAGUGCAAUGUAUGGCAGGAUUUUCUUAAUGGGCCGAGCUGUAGGGACCUUUCUGGUGUUCCGGAGUCAGUGUGGCUGCAGACAGCAGCGUCGGUGUCUCCCUCAAGUGAUAAGGAGCCCCAAAUCCAAUAUGCAGCAAGCAGUCAAGAGUUUCCAGAAUUUCAAGUGGGCACAACUACACCCACCACCUUACAUGCGUACACCUUAGCUGCAUGUCAGCCGCUGUCUGACACACUGCCGGCUAAUGUCGCCUUGAACGCUGAAGACCAGCAGCCAGCAGAGGCGUGUGUCAGCAGCCCCGGAGAUGACAACACAGCGACACACGCUGCAUCCCAAAGGUCACAGACAAACUCUGUAAAAGACACUUCGCAGGAAUUUAACCUCGAGGGGGCACCGCCUGUGUCCGAGCACUCUGUUGACAGUUCAGCCGAGUGUCGCGAGCAUGCGGUCCGGGAGCGAGAAAGAGAAGGAAUAAUAGGAGGAGCAGAUGGAAGCCGAGGAGAUGAGCCCUUCACAUCGCACACAGCUGACUUAGUAACAAGCUCAGGGGAGUCGGAGACAACAGACAUGACAGCAAUGCCAGAGUCUCAGAAUGCCAGCGCCGUUGAUAGGAUCUCACAGGGAGCCAGGCUGGAUGAGGGUCUUUCUUCCAGCGAGGAAGGGGAGGUUACAGGUACUGCACACAAUGCCAUAGAUGACAUGCUGGCAUUUAGGGAGACAAUCAGACAGGGGACAAAGGAUGGGGCGAGGUAUGUCUAUUCCACAUCCAGACAAGGAGAGGAGGAAGAGAUCACGGCAAACUAUAAGCAAAAUAAAGCAGAGAAUACAGACGAGGUGAUAUUUAGGCCGCAGAAAACUCAAGAGCGUGAAAUCUCCCAAAGGUGUGGAGAUGAAAUGCAGUGUGAGAGCCAAAACAGUGAAAAUCCAUUACAGGAAAGUCAGUGUGGGGAAAAUGAAAUAAGACCUGCACAGUCACAUGCAGAUGGAUUUGAUCCAAAGCAAACGUGUGAGGAAAAUUUAGAGGAAAAUAACAUCAUGGCAACUGAACUGAAGGAAGGUGUUCAAGCGCUGGAAGAAACGGAGGCGGAAACCUGUACAGCAAGAGGAGAAACGAAGAGAAUAAUUAGUGCAAGCGUGGAAGUCAUCCAGGUAUUAGAUGAGCAAGCUUUACAGCUGAAUUCAUCACGGCAGAUGGGUAGCGCAUCAAUAACCUUGGAAGGACGUGAUAAACAGUCGAACCAAGCAGGUGAAGAGCUCUACAUUCAGAGGAGGGAGCAGUCAGGACAAACAGAGGAAAGUGUACUGAAAUCUGAAGCAGGUGAACCAGAGGGAAAAAGCUUGACUUGUGACAGAAAAAUUAAGGAACAGCAACAAAUAAACCCAUCAACUUGGACAACAUUGGAAUCAGAAGUUCCCCAAAGUGACCACGACAGAAUCAGACAUGGUCCAACAGAUACAUGCAACCCAAAGCCCUUGAAGGCGGUUGAGCCGAGAUGGACUCACUCGCAAGAAGACGUGAAGGGUCAGAAAGAGGAGGUAGGUGGUGAAAUAAACCCAGAAGGAGUAACAGCAAAGGAGAACGUUGCAAAGGAAGACACUUCAACGAAACAUCAACCAGAGAGAGCAGAAGAAGGUAUGAGUCAGGAAGACAAAGAGGAGAGGGUGAGUAUUGGAGAGCUGAAAAUAGACGCGAUGAGGGUGCUGAUGGGUAAAGUGGAGAGCCCUCGGGGGGAGAGGAAGAAUGCACCGGCUGGAUUGAGAGAGGUGUCACCAGAAGUUGAGAGCUCUCCACGUGUUGAAUGUAAAAAACUGUCAGAUGGAACAAAAGACUCUAUUACAGGAGAAAAGGCUGGAUCACUUGAAGCGAUGGAGUCGGGACUGUUUGCAGAAAGAUUUGGAGAAGAUCUGGUCAGAAGGAUUUGGGAAGAGGUCUUCGGUCAAGAGGUGCAAGUCGCUGAAAGGGACGCUAAUACUGUUGGUGGACUGGGGCUGAUGGAAGACAGCCACCUUCUUUAUGAGAAUGACGCUUUUGAUUCAGGUGUAUUUUCCUUGACAGACCAACCAACAGAUCCAAAUUUAAGUCUCUGUCAAGUCCUAGAGCAAACCUUAGUGACUGAAGCCAAUGACUUCUCUCCAGAGGUGAGAAGCGAUCCACUUACCACAACAGAGCAAAUUCCCCUUCCCUCUAAAUUACAGACAGAUUUGAAUUCAAGUGCUCAUUUUAGUCAAGACUUAGCCGCCACUUUAGCCGCUCCUCGCGUUCAGCCAUUGACUGAAUCAGCUCUCGGCUCUCCGACGGAUCAGGAACACUACUCUCAAAUAAAAGAAAGAUCAGUCACUCGUCAGGAGACAGCUAGACAAAUAGAAGACUGUGUAGUCGCCCACAAAGAGAGUUUUAAUCGAUCGGCCCACCCAUCUCACAAACAUCCCAGUUCUUCCUCUGAGAAAUUAAAAGAGUCCGACGGUCUCGUAUGGUGGAGUUUAUUAUACGUCCUCAGUCACGUCACCAGACUUCUAAUCUGCGCCCUGCUAGUCGGCGGAUUCUUUGUCAUUGUUUUCCUCUAUGAUUUCCCAGCAUUCUUUGCUCUCUACCUAUUUUCUGUGUGUUGGUGGUUUUAUAAGUGGAAGAGACACCAGGUGACGGUGAAAAAGGUGAUGGUGGGAUGAGUUGAAGAGCGCUGUGUGUCGCAUCCGUAUGUCAUAUCCUCAUACUGUAAAUUCAACCUGGUGAGAUAAUAAUUGGGUGAUGACAAGUAGCUGGAUUAACACAUCUAAUAAAACACAAAAUGCCAUACGCAGUGCUAAAAGUGUGUUUGGUUGUGCAUUCUUAUUUGUGAUAGUUUUUUCCAGAUCUUAAGUGAAUUCGUGCGGUGGUUUCCAACGUUUUUUGGCUUGUGAAAGCUCAUGCAUUUGUCCACCAGUUCAAUCAAAAAGUGUUUCUUUGUUUGAGAAAAAAAAGAGGAAAAAUGGAAACAGAAAUUGGUGUAUCACAGUAAUAUUUUUCCAUUAUUGUCUCGUGGCCUUUAAAAAUGGUCUUUGAAGUUGGUUUUGUUUUGCUAAUUAAAUGAACCGUUUAGGCAAUUACACACUCAUAAUUAAAUAAAAGUACAUUUUAAAAAGAAAAUCACUAUUAUUCACCUGUGGUUGAAUGUCUCUGUUAACACAGAUUUAGUGUUUAUGUGUAUGAUUUGCUGUGUGUUAUGGGCCCAAUACCAUGUUACCUAAAGGAACAAAGUGACUGUCCUUGAUUUUCUUUAAUAAAAGAAAUUCAGGUGACUGAA